CUCGCUCCUGCGCAAGGCAGGCUGACUUGAUUCGCUGAUAACCUCACAGACAGACCAGUGGACGCUAACAAGCGUGGAAGUAGGGCGGGGCCUGACAAAAGCCCGCUGAUUGGUGGGCGCGGCUGUGCAGCUCCCGGAACACUUUGCCAAUAGUCUGCGCUUGCCGGCCACGCCUGCGCGACCUCUUUUCUCGCGAGGCUGCCUAGGCCUGAAUGUAGUUAGCUGUGGAGAAAGAUGGCGGAAAAUUUAAAAGGCUGCAGUGUGUGCUGCAAAUCUUCAUUGAAUCAGCUUCAGGACUUAUGCCGUCUGGCCAAACUCUCCUGCCCUGCACUUGGCAUCACCAAGAGGAACCUCUAUGACUUUGAAGUAGAAUACCUGUGUGAUUACAAGAAGAUCCGAGAACAGGAGUAUUAUUUGGUAAAAUGGCGUGGAUACCCAGAUUCAGAGAGUACCUGGGAGCCCCGGCAGAAUCUCAAGUGCGUGCGUAUUCUCAAGCAGUUCCACAAGGACUUAGAAAGAGAGCUGCUUCAGCGUCAUCGGCGUUCCAAGCCACCCCGGCACCUUGACCCCAGCUUGGCCAGCUACCUGGUACAGAAGGCCAAGCAGAGGCAGGCACUACAGCACUGGGAGCAAGAGCUCAAUGCCAAACGCAGCCACAUGGGACGCAUCACUGUGGAGAACGAAGUGGACUUGGAUGGGCCCCCACGGGCCUUUGUGUACAUCAAUGAGUACCGUGUGGGUGAGGGUAUCACCCUUAACCAGGUUGCUCUGGGCUGCGAGUGCCACGACUGUCUGUUGGAGCCGGUUGAAGGCUGCUGCCCUGGGGCAUCCCUGCACAAGUUUGCCUAUAAUGACCAGGGCCAGGUACGCCUUCGAGCUGGACUGCCCAUUUAUGAGUGCAACUCACGCUGCCACUGUGGCUAUGACUGUCCGAACCGUGUGGUGCAGAAGGGCAUCCGCUAUGACCUCUGUAUCUUCCGCACAAAUGAUGGCCGUGGCUGGGGUGUCCGCACCCUAGAGAAGAUCCGCAAGAAUAGUUUCGUCAUGGAGUAUGUAGGAGAGAUCAUUACCUCAGAGGAGGCAGAACGGCGGGGCCAGAUCUAUGACCGCCAGGGCACUACCUACCUCUUCGACCUGGACUACGUGGAGGAUGUGUACACCGUGGAUGCCGCCUACUAUGGCAACAUCUCCCACUUUGUCAACCACAGUUGUGACCCCAACCUCCAGGUGUACAACGUCUUCAUUGACAACCUUGAUGAGCGGCUGCCCCGCAUUGCUUUCUUUGCAACCAGAACCAUCCGGGCAGGCGAGGAGCUCACAUUUGAUUACAACAUGCAAGUAGACCCCGUGGACAUGGAGAGCACUCGCAUGGACUCCAACUUUGGCCUGGCCACGCUCCCUGGCUCCCCCAAGAAGCGGGUCCGUAUUGAAUGCAAGUGUGGGACUGAAUCCUGCCGCAAAUACCUCUUUUAGCCUUUGAUAUCUGAAGUGAGACUGAUGGUGGAGGCCUACAGUGCCCUUCCAUGACCUCCCCUACCCCAUUGCUGUCUCCUGUCUAAGGAAUGAGUUCCAGGGUCUCCUGCCAUCCUCUGCCUGGGCUCUGAGUGAGUGCGAAUUCCUAGGAGGUCCCUGUCCUCACCUCCUGCUUAACCUUCAACUGAAGUUUUUCUGUUAUUUUCUUUCUUCCAGCACCAUUAUUUUAGGAGUUGGGACACACAGAGUAUGAGGGUGGUGUAGGGGUGUGCCCCAGCCCAGCUUCAACCAGAAACAUGUUUGGUUUUGUACCUGUUUUACCUGAAGCCUGAGUGGGUCUGAUGUAAGUCCCUUUCCUAGAGCCCUGUGAGGAGGUACCUCAGUUUUAUUGAUAUCCCAGUCAAUGCCCCAACCCCAUUUCUUUAUCACCCACAAGGGAGGCUUUAUUGGUUGUUUCUCUUUAUGCCUGCAUGCUGGCUAGUGUUUGCCUCAGACCUAGAGGCUCCCCUUUCAGGGCUAUGUAUCUGAAAGAUGGCUGCCCACAGGUCUCUGAGGGAAGGUGGGUUACUUGUGUGGUCAACUAACGAGUGACACAGAGGCAGGCCCCAAGGGCUCUCUGGAGUUCAGAAGGUGCUAGAAACACUGUUAUAGGAUAUGACAAUUGUUGGGACUAUUCAGAGCUAGGACCUGAGACAUAGGGAGGUUUGAGAUAGCUCUUAGGACAAAAAUGUACAUUGGUAAGGUAUCAGGCACUGGGCACAGUACCUGGUCCAUGUCUCAGGGAAACCUUGGAAACUGGAGGUGGAUCCCAGGAGAGGGCUCCUUUGGCAGAAGGCAAAGUACAGGCUAGAAGUAGGGGUAGGAUCACCUAGUGGUAUCUGAGGUGAGCAGGAAGCCCUUGUUGCUGCCCUCCAGCACUAGCCCCCUUCCCUGUGUGCUCCCCUGGACCUGCUCGUCUUGAAAAUUACCUCCCCACAAGUGUCCAGAAGGUGAAGGCUAUUAUGGCUGCCUUGCCCUUUGCUUCUCCUGUGAGGCCUUUUCCAGGAAACCUCCCCUGACUCCCUGUACCCAGAGUGCCCCCUUUAUAAUUUGUGCCCUUCCUCCACAUGCCAGAUUUGUGCAUGUGCUUUGUUGUGUGUGUGCUUUUGUCUGUGCCCCCAUCCCAGACCAACGAGGCACAAACGGGUUUGGGUUCUCUUGUUCUAUUUUCCUUGGCCGUCCCCCACUUGGGGGCAGGCAUCAAUAAAAAUGAAUUGUUUGAACAAA